AUGACGACCAUGGUGCAGCCUUCGCCUGCGGGCUUUGGGUCCUCUCACGGCCACGUCCCGACACAUUCUCACUCGCAAUAUCCUCAGCAACAGCAACUUCAAAACUCUCAGCUGUCUCAACCAGCGAAGCACCCGCGACCACCGCUUCCCCAGCCUCCCCAGCCUCCCCAGCACGCCCAGUCGCCCUCGCAGCCUCCACACCCGUACGGUUCUCAGCACGGCACGCAGCAGUUCGUUCCGUACACGACUCCGCAGACGUCUGCCUCGAACCUUGCGACGAUCACCGAGUCGGCCCCACCGUCAGCAGGAACUACGCCGCGGACAGCAGCACAAGCCUCUUUCCCGGACCUGACGCCUGCGCCGUCCCACGCGCCAUCAGCAGCAGCUUCGACCGAAGAGCUUGCGGCGCUCGAGUUCGCGCACGAGACGGGCACGCCCGCUACGGGCCUGUACUCCCAGAACGGGCUGUGGUCCGACGACUCGGACGAGGAGGAGCAGAGGAUGAGCUGGCGCCAGCGCCUUAGCAACAGUACGGCGGGGGACCGGCGGAGCGUCAAGUCCUCCAAGAGCAAUGGGGGCCACUCGCACCGCGGCUCCCGCUCAAAGAUGGACAGCAUCAUUUCCCCAUUGAGUGUCGAGAGCCCCUGGCCGUGGUCGCGGAAGAGCGUCGCCGAGCGCCGCGAGAGCCCUCCCGCUAACGAGCAGCAGGAGGUGCUCGCCGGCGACAACCCGGUGCGCGGUGGCAGUGGAAACCGGCAUAGUGGGCGUAUGUCGCCCUCGACGAGCAUCAGCUCAUGUCCCCAGCCUCACCCUGGAAAGCACCAGCACACGGCCUCGAUGCACAGCAUCUCGUCUCAGCACUCGACCGUUAGCGCGGCAAGCGUGGCGAGCAACGACCUCAGCCUCAAGCAGCGGAUCAGCAUGGGCCGUCUUCGCCGCAAGUCGACGAGUAAGGGCGGCUUCAAUGACUUCCCCGACGUCGUUCCGGCCGUUCCCCAGAUCCCGGCCGCUCUCGAGAGCACGCUCUCUAUCCGCUCGCAGAAGACCAACUCCCGUGGAUCGCUCCCCGGCACUGCGGGCGAUGGGAAGAAGGACCUCAAGGCGAGCGCGAGCACGAAGGCGGACCACGUCAACGUGAGCGUGAUUCCGACGAGCAGCAGUAGCUCGAGUCUGAAGGCGCUCGCCGCUGAGGCGCGAGUACACGCUGCGUCGCCAAGUGCGCAUAGCCCGCGUCCGUCAGCGUCGUCUAUCACGACUCCUCGACAGCAACCACAGCCCCUUCCGUCUCCUAGCCCGACACCGACACGGACCAUGCCUCAACCAGUGCCGAUGCCGACGCCAACGCCGACUCAGGCGGUCCCUGUGCCCCGCGCGCCGCCUCAAGCACAGGCUCCCGCCUCGAACCGACUCAGCAUCACCACCCAGCCCAAGAAGGAGGAGAAGGACCGCCCCAAGUCGUUCAUCAAGCGCAACGUGGAGCCUCUCGUCUCCACCGCCAGUUCCCGAGCUGCCGUCCAAGUGCGCAAGCCACCCACGAGUACCAGCCAGCAGGCCGCUGGUGGUCGCGCGACCCCCGCCAAUCCUGCCGCUACACUUGGCCGUAUCUCGAGCCCGGUCGCGAACCCUAUCGCUGCCAGCGCCAUCUUCCCCAUGGCGCCUGGAACUACUGGCGCGGCGCCCAUGUCGCCUGUCGCUACGGGACAUUCGACAAACUCGGCCCAGACCGGAAACUUUGCGACGAUCUCUGGCCUCCCCUCUUCGGGCCCAGCUGGAGACGAGCUCGCGGCGCACCUCGCAGCCCUGGACGCCAAGUAUCCCUCUUUCUCGGCCAGCACUCUGGGCGGGGCGGCGGGCAAGUCUACGCGCUCCUUCAACCUCAUCGACCCCGACGAGGCGCUCGAGACCGACCCGUUCGCUUCUGCUUUCGAACCGCCCCGCCGCCCCCUCAGCCGCGUCAUGAGCCGCACGUCGACCCGAACCUCUGCACGGGACAGUACGCGUGACUCGAUGCUGACGUUGGACGAGGACGUGCCCCGCCCCUGGACGCCUGGACUGAACUCGCCCUCCAUGAGGUCCCUCAUGCCACGACUGUACAAGAGCAAGAGCUUUGCGAGCAGCUCGCGUCCCAGCUCCAUGGCCAUGUUCUUCUCCAAGGACAAGGACAGGGACAGCAAGCAGCCGCCCACCCCCGACCUGCCGACGCACACGAUCGUGAACAGCCCCGUGCCCACUGUGCCCUCCGCGGCUUCCGAUGUUCCCUCGCCUAGGCCGACGCCGAGCCGAUCACCGCUGCAUAUCACAGACACGGAAGUGGAGGAGAAGGCGAACGCGGCCGAGGAGACUCCAGUGUUCUACGACAGCUUUGACGUGCCGCCCAGCGAGGACGAGGAGCCCAGGUCCCGUUGUGGCAGCGUCACACGAGGUGAGAUUGCAAAGGUGUCACGGGCGUUCCCGGCGCCGCCUACGACGUUUGUAGACGAGCUUGAGCGACUCGAGCCUGCGUCCCAGCAACAGCAUCUGCCAGCGACGGCUGUGCAGGGGUCGGAACAAGAGGCUCAAGCAAUUGAGCAGUCGCGGAUAGUGGGCCCUCCGCGCGGCAGCAGUAGUGGCAGCGUUUCAGGUGUGACGGGCGGUGUGAUCGACGGAGGUGUGGGUGGAUCUCCGCGCCAAGACCAUGUGCCCUUCCCUGGACCCAGCCUGAACCGCGACCGCGACGUGAUCCACCACCACCACAUCUCAUCCGAUCGCCAUUCAAACAACUCGUCAGACGAAGACAUCGACAACGACCUCGCCCCCCGCCACUCGGCCUCCGUCUCUGGCUCCUCCCUCGAGCUCCGCACCCCGCACCCCAACACCCACCCGGACUCGUUCGCCGCUCACCCCAUCCUCAAGGAUCGCGACCACCCCGACUCACGCGACCACCACCAGGACGACAUUCCUCCCCGCCCAGAGUCGGCAAACUCGUUCCAGCAGCUCUACGACCAGCUCGACAUCAACCCCAACACCCUCCAGCCCAUCCAUCCCCUCGGUCCUGCCGCAGACGACGCCUCCUUCUGCGACCCCUUCGGCCUCUCCCACCCCGGCUCCGCCUUCUCGUACAAGGCCCCCCAGGUCGCAUCCACCUCGCAGCAGAGCCCUGGGAGAGCAGUUCCAGCCGUUCCCUUCCCUGAGGUCGAAAACUCACCGCGCCUGCAUUCCUCGGAGGAUUACGCUUUCCCCAUCGACAUCCCCUCUCAGCCCAGCUCGUGCACAGCGUGCGACCCCGACCUCGCCACCACUCCCAACAAGCUGAAGAGGAUGGCCGUCGACUACUCACUCCAGCGCAAAGGCUUCAACCCCCACGCCGCCGCUGAGCCCGAGCCCAGUCACGGAUUAGGUGUUCAACUUCCUCAGCGAUCGAGCAGCCGGCGCGAGCCGCACCGCCACACAUCCGAGGGAAGGCACGAGCACCGCGAAGCUUAUCAGCGCUUGGGCUCCGGCAUGCCCUCUCCCGGAGCUGGGGCUUCGCGAUCGCGUCGCGAGUCGAACGAGCCCCGCCAGCGUGUGCGUUCUGGCCCGGAACAGUGGAUCGACGACAUGGACACGUCCUCGUCCGAGAACGAGCAGGACGAGACGCCGUUAUCGCAGCUGCAUCCCGCGGCCGCGCAGCAGCAACAGGAGAGGCGGGCUCGGUCUCUCGCUCGCCGCGAGGCCCGCCGCGCCGAGCGUGAGCGCCAGCUUCGCUCCCACAAGCAGAACCAGCACUCGGACGGCACUCUUCGUCCCGCGGCGCACUGGAACGGCGAGGGUGGCGUGCCCGCUGAUGUUCUUGCUGGAAGGCUGGAGAAUGUCGCCAUCUCGAGCGCGAACGGCGGCCUUGCGGCUCCUCUCCGCUCGCAGCGCAGCCUGCGCCGGCCCCACCGCUCGUCGGACCAAUCGCCUUCCCCCGCCCUCUCUCGUGCCACAACGAUGAGCUCUCGUCCUAGCAGGCCGAGCAGCGCACGUCCGCUUCCGAACCCCUCUGACCACGGAAACCACGCCAGUUCGAGCCACAGCCAGGCGCCGUCUCAAGGACAAUCGCGCCCGGCGUCGGGCACCUCGGCGGCUCAGCACCGUUCCCGUCAGCGAUCGCACAGUAUCGGCGCGCGCCACCCUCCGCCGUCCGGUGAUGUCCCGCCUCUUCCCCGGGGACGAGCCCAGCCCGUCCGCUGCAUCGUUGUCGCCGACGAGAUCCGCCAAAUCAGCAUCGACGUGUACCACGACACGAUUGCGCGCGAAAUCCUGUCUCAGCUGAAGGGCAAGCUCCCGGCUCCGACCGCGAACGCUGCCUGGGUCGUGUGCGAGGUGUUCACGGAGCGCGGGCUUGAGCGCCAGGUCCGCGAUUACGAGAACAUCGCCUCGCUCGUCAAGGGCUGGGACGCUUCUGCGGCCAACUGCCUCGCUAUUCGCGAGUCUGCGCUCACUCUCGCGCGGCAAGUGCCCGAGUCGGCGCCCUUCGUGGGCGGGUGGUGCCAGCUCGAAGUCAAGCCCGGCAAGUGGAGCAAGCGCUGGCUGGAGACGCGGGGCGGACAAGUCUUCCUCAGCAGGAACGACAAGGGCAAGGACGAGGUGCAGCUGAACACGCUGUUCAGCGACGUCUACCGUCCCCAGCAAUCUUACGGCGCGCCGCAGCCGUUCGUGUUCGCGAUCAAGCGUCUCGAACCUUCCGCCUCCUUUGAACGCCCCGACGAGUUCCUCUUCACGAUCGCCUCAGACGAGAGCACGGGCUACAAGCUCCACACGGCGGUGUACAGCAGUCGCUCGUUCACCAUUGGAACGGGCAACCCAGCCGCGAUGGCGCCCAAGACGAAGAACCUUGGACGAACCCUCUCUCCUUAUUUUGCUCUUCUCGCCACUCCUCUUGCGGCCGGUCCGCAUAACGUACUCCUCCUCCUCUCGUCAAAACCCCAAGACUUUACCGCCUUGUUCAGCACGGCGGCAAUGUCCCUCUCCAGCCUCAGUACCAGCAAGCGCAAAUACGGCAACCAGUGGGACAUGAGGUCGCCACCGGCCAAGCGCCGCACUGUGUCGCCACCCUCAUCUGAGCGCUCCUCUGCCUCCGCCGCGUCGAUGAUCAACACGCUCUCGCCGCCUCUCAUCGGUCCGCGCCUUCCUCCAGGCUGGGCACCAACCUCCAGAGCCCCAUCACCAAGCUCGCCACCGCCGCCACGCAGAGCGCCGUCACCACCGUCGCCACCCACCAACCCGCGCGACCUGCACGCCACCAACAACUUCGGGGAGGGUGUCUACUUCCAGCAACCUAGGCAGCAUGCGUGGGACAGCGACGGCGAGCCAGCAGACCCAGGGAUGGGGUGGACGCGCCAACGCCUGUCCUGGUGGAACCCGCAGUGGGUCUGGGACCGGGCUGCGAUCAACAGGCCCGACGGGCGAUACUGCGAGACCUGUGUCGGUGACUAUGCCGCUACGGACUAUAGCCGACCGAGAAUGGCGAGGCCGGGUAUGGCGAUAUACGGGCAGCCCAGGCCUCAGCCCGCGCCCAAGCCCAAGAACCAGACCAAGCCCGAGCCGUUCAAGCCACACGAUACCUGGAUCGACCCAGAAUACAGGGAUGAUCCGGAACAGCAGCUGCCCUGGCGCGAUGGAUACUACGGAACACGGCAGUGGCGCGCCAGCAAGGAGUAUGCCCACGAGGAGAGGUGGACAGACAGCGAUCCGGAGGAGGCUGGGGGACAGUGGCCGUCCAAGCGGCCCACCUUCGUUGGUAGGAGGGGGGCCGCGGCCCGGGAACUCUUCGACGAGUUGCUGGAACUGAGGCGGCUAAAGACGAUGCGGGAGGAGAAGGCCAAGCUGCGUACUGAGUUGGAGGAGAUGCAGCGAGACCUGAGUUUCUUGGCGGCCAAGGCUGAGCAUGUGCGCAAGAGGGCGGAGGAGAUGGAAAGAGAGUGUGCCCGUAUCGAGGGACGGUACCUCAUCGAUGCGGCAGAGAGGCCUGGCCAUGGGGGCGGGAGAGGAAGUGGGCCGUAG